AUGCCGCACCAGAAACGCAAGGGCCUGCCGCUAUACGUGGCAGGAUUGUCCUGCUGCUUUGCACUUUGGACCACUGCCAUUGCCUUCACAGCGCCAACCUUGCAACAGGGUGCUUCUGCUGCAAGUGGCGCAUGGGGUGUUCAACAACGCCAAGCGCGGAACAAGCACAUUGCACGCCAGGCGCUCACGGUGGAUCUCACCGGCAAAGUCGCUUUCAUUGCAGGGGUUGCAGAUACCACAGGAUAUGGUUGGGCGAUCGCACGUGAGCUAGCCAAUGCUGGUGCCACCAUUGUUGUUGGAACUUGGCCACCUGUGCUGAAGAUGUUCAACAUGGCACUGAAGAAGAAGGCCACAGACGAGGCAAAGAAGCUUGACGAUGGCUCGUUGAUGGAGAUUGCUAAAAUUUACCCUUUGGAUGCGAUGUUUGACGUGCCGGAGGAUGUCCCUGAUGACGUGAAGUCCAACAAACGCUACGCAGGUGUGGAGGGCUACACCAUCGAGGAGUGCGUGGAAGCUGUCAAGAAGGACUACGGCCAGGUGGAUAUUCUGGUGCACUCUUUGGCGAACGGCCCGGAGGUGACAAAGCCAUUGCUGGAAACCAGCCGCAAGGGCUACUUGGCAGCGUCCUCUGCCUCUGCAUAUUCCUUGGUCUCAAUGGUUCAGCGCUUUGGACCUAUCAUGCCAAAAGGUGGUGCUGUUAUCUCUUUGUCCUAUGUUGCAGCAGUCCGAACUAUUCCUGGCUAUGGAGGUGGAAUGAGCAGUGCAAAGGUGCGUAGCACACACCCACACCUAGAGUUUAAACAUGCUCCCGCGUUUUGUGUGGAUUCUCAUCUCCUUCGGCCCAAGGCGCAGCUUGAGUCGGACACUCGAACACUCGCUUAUGAAGCGGGUCGCAAGUAUGGCAUUCGUGUGAACACGAUCUCUGCUGGACCAUUGAAAUCGCGUGCUGCAUCAGCUAUUGGUGGCGACGGUGAAAAGACGUUCAUCGAGCGUGCCAUUGACUAUUCGGUGGACAAUGCCCCUCUUGACCAACCGCUAUAUGCUGAAGAUGUGGGCAGGACAGCCCUUUGCUUGCUGACUGACCUCACCUCUGCCGUGACUGGCAUGACUAUGUAUGUUGAUAUGGGCUUGCAUUCAAUGGGCCAGUCCUUGGACUCACCAGCUUAUGAGGGUCUAGAUCUGAAGUCUCGAUGA